UGCAGUGAGAACAGGGAGGGUUGAGAAGAGCAACAACUUGAGAGAAGAGAGUGAGAGAGUGGGGAAAAACUCAGUUUGUAGAAGUCAGCUAUUAAAUAGCAGUGCACUGAGACAGACACCAGAACGGAAGAGGAAGGAAGAGAAAGAAACAGAGGCGAAGACAGGCUAAAAGUAAACCACAAGGCUUACUAGAUGGAAUACAAAGUGAUCGUGGCCACAGGGGCUUUAGAGUACUCAGGUACUAAUAACUAUGUGUAUGUAACCCUGGUGGGGGAAAACGGAGAGAGUGAGAGGACGCUGCUGGACAAUCCAGGCCUGGAUCUGUGUAGAGGCGCAGUUGAUGAAUACAUAGUCCGGAGCUCAGCUCCUCUGGGUCGUGUGCUCCUGGUACGCUUGGAGAAGCAGAAGUACAUUGUGGAAGAUAACUGGUUUUGCAAUUAUGUAAAAGUCACAGCACCAGGAGAGGAAAACACCCAAACCUUCCCCUGCUACUGCUGGUUAGUGGGGGAUAUUAAAGUAGAAGUCCGUGAUGGUACAGCUAAAAAACUAUGUGAUGAGAUCCUGCCUCAGGAGCUGGCUCACAGAAAGGCACAGCUGCAGGAGAGACAGAAAACUUUCCGAUGGCAAGCCUGGGCUCCAGGAAUUCCCAAAUGUGUAGACGCCAAAUCAGAGGCAGAUCUGCCCCAGGAUGUUCGCUUUGCCAAUGAAAAACGCUGUGACUUUGAAAGAUCACUUCAAUACGCGCUUUUGGAGCUGUCUCUAAAAAAGCUGGUCAUCUGGUUUGGGAGGUCAUGGAAGGAUCUGGAUGAUUUUAAACAAAUAUUUUGGAAAUUACGGAGUCCCAUUGCUGAAUACACUAUGGAACACUGGAAAGAGGACUGGUUUUUCGGCCAUCAGUUCCUGAAUGGGUCAAAUCCACGGAUGAUCCAGAGGUGCAGGAAACUGCCCUCCAACUUCCCUGUCGUUGGAGACAUGGUGCAGGCCUUCUUAAGCCCCAACACCACCCUGGAUAAAGAGCUCAAGGCUGGGAAUGUAUACCUUGUUGACUAUGCUAUAAUAGAUGGCAUCCCUGAGAAUGUGAUCAGAGGGAAGAAGCAGCAUAUAGCAGCUCCUUUGUGUUUACUAUAUGAACAUCCAGACAACGGCCUCAUUCCCAUCGCCAUACAGCUUGAACAGAAUCCUAGUAAGGACACACCCAUCUUCCGCCCUAAUGAUCCGCCUCUGGCCUGGUUAUUGGCUAAAAUGUGGGUCCGUCACGCUGAAUUUCAGGUCUUCCAGGUCUUGUCACACCUUCUGCGAACUCACCUUAUAGUGGAGGUGUUCUGUGUGGCCACACUGCGUCACCUCCCUGCAGUCCACCCUAUAAACAAGCUGCUCACUCCUCAUCUGAAGUACACUCUGGAGAUAAACUGCCGUGCACGCACACAGCUUAUCUCUCAUGAUGGCAUCUUCAAGAGGGUGGUGUCCACGGGUGGUGAAGGGAUGCUGGUGCUGUCUCAAAGGGAGUAUAAGGUCCUGACAUUCCGCUCUCUCCAACCCCAUUACGACUUCCUUGACCGUGGUGUUACUAAACUCAAUAAAUACUUCUACAGAGAGCACAGCCUGAUGCUCUGGGACGCCACUGAGAAGUUUGUCUCCAGCAUUGUGUCUCUGUAUUAUGGAAGUGACAGUGAAGUAGUGCAGGAUUCAGAACUGCAGGCAUGGAUUAAGGAUGUUGUUGAGGAAGGCUUUGCAAACAUCCCUCACUUUGGGCUGCCUAAUGAACUAAAGAAUAAACAGGAGCUGAUCACACUUUUGAGUGUGAUCAUCUUCACCAGCACAACACAACAUGCAGCAACCAACAAUGGACAGUUUGACUUCUGUGCGUGGGUGCCCAACACGCCUUGCACCAUGCGCCAGCCUCCACCCACAGACAAGGACAGUGUCACUAUGGAGUUGAUCAUGGACACACUCCCAGAUAUCAGCCAGUCAUGUGUGGAGAUGGCAAUCACAUGGCAUUUGGGAAGAGCCCAGCCAGACGCAAUACCUCUGGCUCAGUACGAGGAACAGUACUUCACUGAACUGGCAGCCAAAAAGAUGAUAGACAACUUCAGGCAGGAUCUGAAGGCCAUCGAGGAGAACAUUCUGAAGCAGAAUAAGGGUCUCGAGCCACCAUAUCUCUAUCUGUGUCCUAGCCGAAUAGAGAACAGCAUUACCAUAUAGAUCAGUGGUCAACAACCCUGUUCCUGGAGAUGUACCUUCCUGAAUACUUUAUCUCCAACCACAAUGCCCACAUGACCAUCUAAUCAUUGCCUUAAGAAGUUCCUGAUCAAAUAAAACAGGUGUGUUAGAUUUUGGUUGGAGAUGAAACCUGCAGGAAAGUAGAUCUCAAGGAAGAGUAUUGGUGACCGCUGAUAUAUAGAGAGACUUGAGGGAAAAUUCUGCAAUUUUUGAUUAAGACAAGUAUAGAAAGCUGCCUUAAAUAUAUAGACAUUUUGUUUGAAACGAGAAUAUACAUUGUUGUAAAUCUGUGUGCUUCAGACAUGUUGUUCUUAUCUUGCACUGAUUUUACAAUUAGAAUCAAUAAACUGGAAACUGUAAUGCAUGUAACGACCAAGAAAAGAUAGAGAUUAGAAACUACAGAAACUACAUAUUUAUUUCUGUAAUUAACAAAGUGUUACAAAUAAGAUAACAGACUGUUGAGUUUAUACAAAAUGAAAUUCACAUGGACAAUGGUAAUUUCUACUUUGUAUUUAUGUAUAAAUAAAUAUUAUUCAAAUGUGA